UGACCACCUGUUCCAUUUUAGCAGCAUUUCUCAACAGCCCUCUGGCGCGUCUUAGACUCUCCCACGCGUUUGGCAAAGUUGCUUCACUUCUUGGUUCCUUCUUUCGACAACCUACGCCCUUUUUUUUCUUCGCUGUUUAUAGAGCUCGCAGCAUAGCUUUUUGUCUUGUCGCUUUGCGUUUGGAGCCUCGUCUGCAGCCUCCCUUCUUUGUCCCUAUCACGCCUAGAAGAUUCUAAUCAACUUUCCCCCAUUGUUAUGGUACUACCACACUACUCGUAAUUCUCAGCUAUCAACGAUUUUUCUUCUUCCUUCUUCUCAGCCAGUCUGCCAGCAAGCGUGCACCACAGCUUUCCCGAUUUGCUCAUGUCUUUUUUCUCGCCAUUGGUCUUUUCUUUCGCUCAUGCUUGCUCCACCAACACCUUCUUCUAAGCAGUCAGCCAGAAUAAGAUGUGGCGGCGCACUCGUCUUCUCCUAGUUCUCAUCAGACUCUAUUUUGCUCUGUCCCCCAGUUAUCUUCACCCUGAUGAGAACUUUCAAGGGCCGGAAGUGAUUGCUGGCCAGAUCUUUAGUUACCCUGUCCGGCAUACAUGGGAAUUCACUAGCGAGACCCCCAUUCGGAGUGUCUUUCCGCUAUGGCCUGUCUAUGGCCUGCCCAUGCUUUUGCUCCGCUGGCUUUGGAUUGGGAACGGGCAAGAUGGCGAUGUUCCCCCUAUCGCCGUCUUCUGGACGUUGAGGUGUCUCAUGUUUCUGUUAAGCUUUGUGCUGGAAGAUUGGGCUCUUGACGAGCAAAUCGCCUCAACUCGCCAUCGCCGCAUUGCUGUUCUUCUCGUGGCGUCGUCCUAUGUCACCUGGACUUUCCAAACGCAUACAUUUUCCAACUCGAUUGAGACCCUAGCGGUCUUGUGGAGCUUGGUAUUGAUACAGCGCAUCCUGAAGACUCAUUCCUCGAUCUUGUCCUCGGUGGUCCUGGGCAUGGUUGUUGUGUUUGGCAUCUUCAACCGCGUUACUUUCCCAGCUUUUCUAAUACUACCCGGAUUUAUGUUGAUAUGGCAUCUUCGGAAGCAUCCCUUUUCAUUGGCCGCCCUGAUUUUGGCCGCCCUUACUACUGCUUUAAUCGCCAUUGUCAUCGAUACCGCUUUUUACGCUCCAGGUCCUAUUAGUUGGUCCGAUCUCAUCGCCAACCCGGUCAUCACUCCUCUAAACAACCUGAUAUAUAAUUCGAAUCCCGAAAACCUUGCUCUUCAUGGCCUACACCCCUGGUACCAACAUCUCCUCGGAAACUUACCGCAGCUCAUUGGGCCUGCAGUCGCGUUAGUGUUCUUGCAACUUGAUGUAUCCCUGAGGAAUGUAUCCCUGAGGAAUGUAUCCCUGGAGAAUGCAUCCCUGGAGAAUGUAAACCUGAGGGUGUGGUCAGCUGUUUCCGGAAUUGUCAUCCUGUCUUUCAUUAAACAUCAAGAAGCGCGGUUUCUUCUUCCGGCUGUUCCACUCAUCCUAUCAUCUGUGCAGUUACCGAAGAAUCGAACUCUUCGUCGAACGUGGACUGCGAUUUGGGUGAUAUUCAAUAUCUUCUUUGGUGUGCUUAUGGGGACAUAUCAUCAGGGCGGUAUUGUCCCUGGGCAAGUAUUCAUGAGCAAACAACCUGAUGCCACAAACGCCAUAUGGUGGAAAACCUAUCCUCCUCCAAUCUGGCUUCUCAACGGCAAGAAUGAGGUUUUGACCACCAAGGAUGUCAUGGGAAUCAAGGGCGAGGUUUUGUUGGAACAGUUGGCCGAGUUGGCUACCUGUGAUACUCCUGCAGACCGGCGCAAUACGGAGUAUUUAAAAGAGAAGAACGGGACUUACUUAAUCGCGCCUGCAUCAGCCACCUGGCUAGACCCGUAUCUUCCCAACAAGGGGCUAGAAGGAUUGCGAUUCCGAGAAGUGUGGCGUUACAGGAACCAUCUUAACUUGGAUGAUUUAGAUUUUGGAGGUGACGGAGUCUGGAAUACCCUGUCUAGAGUCAUUGGCCGUCGAGGGCUUGUUGCCUGGCGAGUUACUAAAAGCUGUGGGUUAUAGAGCUAGCAUCCCCAGCAUAAUCUUAUUUAAAGAAGUAAUAUGAAUAAAGUAAAAAGCAUUAGAUAUCAUGUGUG